CUGCGGUUCCCGAUCAGCGCCUUCGGGAUGGUCCUGGGCGUGAGCAGUCAGGGGAUCCUAUGGAAGACGCUGGCGUGGGCGCCGCCGUCGGCCUUCCUCCACGUCAGCCUCCUGCUGCCCCACGUGCUCUGGUACAUCUCGCUGGCGCUCAUGGCCCUCGUCUCCUCCAUCUACCUCCUCAAGCUCGUCUUCUACUUCGAGGCCGUCCGCCGCGAGUUCCACCACCCCAUCCGCGCCAACUUCUUCUUCGCACCCUGGAUCGCAUGCCUCUUCCUCGUGCAGGGCGCGCCGCGCGACAUGGCCAAGAUCCACCCCGCCGCAUGGUACGCUCUCAUGGCGCCCAUCUUCUGCCUCCAGCUCAAGAUCUACGGCCAAUGGAUGUCCGGCGGCCAGCGCCGGCUCUCCAAGGUGGCUAAUCCGUCCAACCACCUCUCCAUCGUCGGCAACUUUGUCGGCGCGCUGCCGGGCGCCAAGAUGGGCCUCCGCGAGGGCCCCGUCUUCUUCUUUGCCGUCGGGCUCACGCACUACAGUGUCCUAUUCGUCACGCUCUACCAACGGCUCCCCACCAACAUCACGCUCGCCAAGGAGCUCUACCCCGUCUUCUUCCUCUUCGUCGCCGCGCCUAGCGUCGCCUCCAUGACUUGGGCCCAAAUAAAUGGCGAGUUCGACAACGGCGCACAGGUCACCUUCUUCAUCGCACUCUUCCUCUACAUGUCACUGGCCGUGCGAAUCAACUUCUUUAGAGGAUUUCGGUUCUCGCUGGCGUGGUGGGCAUACACGUUCCCGAUGACCGGUGUGUCAAUCGCGACCAUAACAUACGCCACGGAGGUGAACAACGUGCUCACGCGGACUCUCUCGAUCGGCCUCUCGGGCGUUGCCACCGUCACGGUAGCCGGCCUGCUGGUGACCACCAUGCUCCACGCCUUCGUGCUCAGGGACCUCUUCCCCAACGACGUCUCCAUCGCCAUCACCCAAAGGAAGCCCAAGUUCAGCAAGAUGCUCGCGCACCUCCGCUCCUCCAGCUCCGAUAUGAAGGAGCUCGUGCUCUCCGUGUCCAAGUCGCCUAACUCUGACUCCCAUGAGUCGGCCGCGGGGGAUCGAUCGAGGGAGACUCAUCUGUCCGUCCACAAAGGCAAUGCAGAGCCGUAG